GCCCCUAUUUCCAACCAGGGCGGAAGUGUGUGUCCAUUCCUCCCAGUAGGAUUAAAGCUAUCGGAGGAUCAGUCAGCCACACGCUCCCAUAAACUGGACGGGACAGCUACAUGAGCUCGCGCGGUGUUGUGUGUUUAUAUUUUGAGCGCGUUUAGCAGAACAUACAUUCUGAAUAUUGACACCGCGGCCUGGCUAACACAAUCGUUAUAAAACUGCCUUUGCGACCAUCGGAGUUCCUUCGUGCUCAUACAAUUGGAGGCACCCGGAGGCUUGCGCUUAUACCCCUCCGAGGUUGCGGAGAGGCGCGUGGAAAAGCCCCGUGUUACCCCUGCGCGUGAAGAGAGAAAGAAGUGGGAUCUAAACAUAUCCCUGCGCAAAUGCUUGAAGCUGGUUCUGGCAGUGGGACCGAGUCAAAUGGGUCUUUAAAAGGGAGACGGUAGGGGUAAUUUUGACGCCAAACGAACCUUAAGAGCUGCUGUGAGAUCGCGUUGCUAGUGAGCCAAUGCUUUGAUGAAUAAUUUACUGUUUUGAGUGCCGCGAACACUAACCACCGUCUUCUAGAAGGUCCUGAUGCCGCUGAAGAGGGCCCCGAUGGUGGACUAGAGAGAACCGACAACACUGGUCAGAAUCGGAACGAGAGAUUUUCACAUUUUCGGCAAAAUACGUAGGGGGGGAGAGGCGGAGUGAUGGUGUGUUGGUGGGGGAGGAGAGAAGGAGCUUCAGGCACCUCACGGAGGAUACUGUAGCCUACUGAUUCCGUUUUUGGAUUUUUCUCUAAAUCUAAAUAAAAACAAACAAUUAAAGCCCUAAAAGAAAUACAAAUGAACGCUAUGUCAAAGAUUUAGGAAAAGCGCAUUUGCGCUCAUAAAAAUUAGGCAUCCAAAGAAAAACUAAUCGGUCUGUGCAAAGUUGACCAUCAUCUUCAUGAGUAGCCUAGCAAGUAGGCUGUCAUUCAUUUUAAAGCCUCAUCCAAGUAAACCGAUUGAAUCAUUGAGAACUGAAAUGAACAUUUUAUUAAAUUUUCUUGAAGAUAAUCAUUUGAAAUCCCCCGUGUCAGAUUUUUUGAAGGGCGUUCCUCUCGGGCGAUAUCUACGUAACCGGCGUCAGUUGAGGGUUAUAUUUAAGAGAGAACACCUACAUGACAAAUAUAUGUGAAUCAUUUAAACCCCCAGAAGUAUCUACCUCAAAACUAACUCCGAUCACGACAGGAGAAACAGACGAACGUUUCCCAGAUGAUUACCUCAGUUAUCAGUUAUACCUGUUGUGUUCCUGUGUAGCCUACUUUAAAACACCUCAGAUGGCAUCAUUCUCAGACUCCGACCUGCAGACCUGUCCUCUCUGCAAGGAGCUCUGCGGCUCCUCCUCUGCUCCCAUAUCCUCUAACUCUUCAACCUCUUCGUCCUCCUCUCACUCAUCAUCCUCGUCGUCGUCCUCCCGUCGCCUCCAUGUCCUCCCCUGCCUGCAUGCCUUCUGCAGGCAAUGCCUGGAGGGCCAACGAAGCCCUGGCGACCCUCUCAAACUCCGCUGCCCCACCUGUGACCAGAAGGUCUCCAUCUCAGAGGCCGGCGUUGACUCCUUACCCUCGUCCAACUUCCUCUUCAGCAACCUUCUGGACGUGGUGGUGAGCUCGGAGGAACAGCUCCAGCUCGGCCAGAACAAGAACGGCCUCCACCUGGGUGUCGGCGGGGGCUCCACACCCAGGUUCCACCAUUCCCACGGCGGGCUCCUCCGCCCGCAUCGCCUGGACGAGCCCCAGUGCAGCUCCUGCGACGACGGGAACCUGGCCAGCUGCCACUGCCUGGACUGCCAGGAGUACCUGUGCGAUAACUGCGUGCGUGCCCACCAGAGGGUCCGCCUGACCAAGGACCACUUCAUUGAGAGGCUGGCGGAGAGCCUGCUCCAGCACACUGCGGGCCGGGGCAAGGCCAGCCCCGUAGGGGGAGGCGUGGGCGUCUCCCUGACCCAGUCCUUCCACUCCAACUUCUCCCUGCUGCCGCUCUUCCAGGACAGGAUGAGCUUCUGCCAGCACCACGACAACGAGGUGUUCCUGUUUUUCUGUGAGACCUGCUCUGUGCCCAUCUGUCGGGAGUGUAGCGUGGGUAGACACAUGGGCCACAGCUUCGUGUAUCUACAGGACGCCGUCCAAGACUCCAGAGCCAUCACCAUCCAGCUACUGGCCGACGCGCAGCAAGGAAGACAGGCCGUACAGCUGAGUAUGGAGAAGGCCCAGGCCAUAGCGGAGCAGGUGGAGAUCAAGGCCAAGGUGGUGCAGACUGAGGUUAAGAACAUCGUCCUCAGACACAAAAAAGCCCUGGAGGAGAGAGAGUGUCAGCUACUCUGGAAGGUUGAGAAGAUCCGCCAGCUGAAAGCAAAGUCCUUGUACCUGCAGGUAGAGAAACUUCACCAGAACCUGACCAAGCUGGACAGCACCAUCGCAGCUGUCACUCAGGUGCUGGAUGAGGGUCGUCAUCUGGACGUGCUGCUGGCCCGGGAGCGCAUGCUGACCCAGGUGCAGGAGCUCAAGUCUCUGAGAGGCCUGCUGCAGCCUCAGGAGGAUGAUCGCUUCAUGUUCACGCCUCCAGACCAGGCCCUCUACAUUGCCAUCCAGUCCAUGGGGCUGAUAAGUAGCGGGGCCUUUGCUCCCGUCACCAAGGCACAUGGCGAGGGCCUCAAGACGGCGCUCCGUGGCAAGCCCGCCUCGUUCACCGUGAUUGGCUACGAUCAUGACGGGGAACCCCGCCUCUCAGGCGGCGAUGCCGUGUCCGCGGUGGUGAUGGCAGCAGUGGACGGUAACCUGGCAGCGGCGGAGGUGUGUGAUCACCAGAACGGGUCAUACAAAGUCAGCUACCUGCCCAAGGCUGAAGGUGAACACCUGGUGUCAGUCCUGGUCUGUAACCAGCACAUCAUGGGCAGCCCAUUCAAGGUUCUGGUGAAGUCCGGUCGAAGCUAUGGCGCUCUGGGUUCUCCGGUGUCGGCAUUCGGCAGUGAGGGGGAGGGCGACGGUCAGCUUUGUCGUCCCUGGGGGAUCAGUGUGGACAAAGAAGGAUUUGUGGUUGUGGCUGACCGCAGUAACAACCGUGUCCAGAUCUUUAAGCCGUGUGGUGCCUUUCACCACAAGUUCGGUUCCCUGGGGUCUCGUCCGGGCCAGUUUGACCGGCCGGCCGGCGUGGCGUGCGACAGCCAGCGGCGGAUCAUUGUGGCCGAUAAAGACAACCACCGCGUGCAGGUGUUCACCUUCGACGGACAGUUCAUCCUCAAGUUUGGCGAGAAGGGCACUAAGAACGGGCAGUUCAACUACCCCUGGGAUGUGGCCGUGAACUCUGAGGGGAAGAUCUUGGUCUCAGACACCAGGAACCACCGUGUCCAGCUAUUUGGCCCCGAUGGCGCGUUCAUCAACAAAUACGGCUUUGAGGGCGCCCUGUGGAAACACUUUGACUCCCCGCGCGGCGUUGCCUUCAACCACGACGACCACCUGGUCGUCACCGACUUCAACAACCACCGUCUGCUCGUUAUCCGUCCGGACUGCCAGUCGGCUCGUUUCCUGGGCUCUGAGGGAACCGGUAACGGCCAGUUCCUGCGUCCCCAGGGCGUGGCGGUGGACCAAGAGAACCGGAUCAUCGUUGCGGACUCCAGGAACCAUCGGGUGCAGGUCUUCGAGCCCAAUGGGAACUUCCUGUGUAAAUUCGGCGCCCAGGGAAGUGGCUUCGGCCAGAUGGACCGUCCCUCCGGUGUCGCCGUAGGCCCUGACGGCGUCGUCCUGGUGGUCGACUUCGGAAACAACCGCAUACUCAAAUUCUGAAGAGCUCUAAUCACUUUUCACUUCUUGUCUUUCCCUCGCUCUGUUUUCUUUCUCUGUCAGUUUAGGAAAAGAAAAUGGAAGAGAAAAAGAGAAGAAAUCAACAAACAGCGAGUGGAAAGUUUAAAGAGAGAUGAAGGGAUUCAUUAUUACCAAAUUAAGGGAAAUCAGAUGUUUUUUUGUUUACUUUUAAGAUUACUUUGUUUAAUCUGAUCCCUGUGCUAUACUGUAUGUCAAAAGGGGACCACUAAGACAAUUUAUGAAUUACAAAAAAAAAAAAAAGGUCCACCUUGUUACCUUCUGUCUGGACUGCUUCAUGCUCUCUCUCUCUAAACUCUCCUCAUGUUGCCAUCUCAGGGAUUUUUCUCACUUUUUCUUGAAAUAUUGAACUCUCUGCUCCACCACCUACCUCAUCUAGUUCUUUAUGAAUGUAUUCAUACUCUCCGAGCAGAGGUCCACUCUAAACUGUCAAGUUCUACCCAGAAGAGAAAAAGUCUACCUCAAUACUUUUUUUAUUUAUUUAAAGAGAGACAUACAGUUUAAGAUUUUUCUUAAAUAUAUUUGCAGAGGAUGAAUAGAAUUCUUGCUGUGCAUCUUGGAUAAUGUAAUUCGUUGCUGACACUAUAUGGACCCUGUAGUUCUUCGCUGCAUGUUCAGUUCAGGUUGUUGAAGGCCUACCUGACUUCUAGUGGAGUCAUCAGCAUGUUCUGUGGGGUCGCUACUUGCUGGUUUAGAUUUAGGGUAGCUUGUUGUAGACCUCUUUUGCUUAGUUUAGCAUUGCCCCCUCAACUCCCUAUGUGCAGUUUCAGUGCAGGCUGUUAUGAAGGGUAAGAGGUGGCAGAAAAGAGAAGCUAUAUGUAAUUAACCGGUCAGAUUUAAUCAGAGUAUGUUACUUUGCUCAGGUCACAGACAGAUGUUGACAGAGGUGAAACCGAUCUGUAGAAUCAGAAACAUCUCCUUUUAGCCCUAGCGGUUUAUAAAUAGACCGCAGCGGAAACGGCGUCUGACAUACAGUUUGAUGAUGUAUGAACUCGAGGUAGUCAUUGUUUGUUUUUGUUAUUGUGGGACGAUUGUCCUUUCUGUCCUCAAGUAUCAAAUUAUCAAUUGAACGUGGUAUCAGUUGAACAUAGAUUUCCCCUGUCAGGCAUCAUGUAGUAUGAUAGGAAUAUGUUUAUGAUGGAUUAAGGAAAGCAAGCUGGAUCCAUAGCCCAGCCCGAUGCAUCCGAUAUGUACAAGAAAAAUGAAUGAAAUCUAUAUGCAAAAAAUAGCUUUUGUCAUCUCUGAAAUGGAGAGCCCACCAAAGUAUUUUAGACGUUUAUUAGGAAUUUUCAGGAUGUUGUUUUGUUUAUUUGAUUAGUGGAUAGGUUACGAAUUGUGUCCGAGUGACAUGUUGUUUUGAACGAUGUGGGUGGAAAAUUGAUGCCUCCAGGAAGCAGACAUCCUGAUUGGCUGUCCACAGCUGUGGAAGCUUGCAGAGUAGGUCUAUGGUUGAAUUGUGGGGCACUCCGACUGGUUCUUGGGGUGUAGGAUUUAAUCCAAUUCCCUUCUGACAUCACUUUGAAGCCCCGUCUUGGUUAUGAAUUAUGGAAUACUGUAGAGUUUUCUGGAACGUGCAUACAGACGAGACCUCUAAAAGAUGAAGAUCUAUAGACUAGCCAGUGGAAUCAACCAAAGGUAGAAUUUCUGCACAAAGGCCAACUGUAGGUUUGGCAUCUAAAGAACUACAAAUCAAAAGAAGUCCCUUGAAGACACUUUGUUAUUUAAUCAUUUGUGUUGGAGGUCUAAAACACUCUCCAACUCUCGCCAAAAAUGUGUUUAAAGCACUGUAAAUGGAAAUAAGAAUAUUAUAGGCUGUACACAUAGUACUGGACAUCUUGCUGAAACAAGAAUUCCGGCCAUAUAAAAGUUAGUUUUAUGUAGAUUUGAAACUCAAGUACCCUUUUAAAAGCCAGUGUUUGAAGGGUGUUUGAAAUGUCUCUCAGCAACCAAAGAGUAGUUUUCCAGGCCAUUUCAGUGUGUUUCUAGCGUCACCAUCCAUGCUAACCUGCCACUGCCAAAUGUGGCUCUUAAUGACCAUCCUUUAUUUAGCAUUAGCAUCUCAGCUGACCAUUGACCUGAUUUAUCAUUACUGAGGUGUACCUUUGGGAGGGAUUGUAAAAAACAAAACAAAAAAAAAAGUUCUCUUUGUGCAUUUAGUCACUUCAUAAAGGUAAUCUAUCCAUCCUAGUGGUAGGUGCUAUUAGUGGAUCGUUGGCCAAGCUUCUAACCUCAUUAUUAUAACCUAAUUUACCUCAACUUUCCAAUCCCAUAACUUAACUCAACUGUAAGAUGCUUCAAUAUUUAUAUACCUCAAAUUUUAUAUUCCUCACAUUGUCAUGUGUAGGCUUACCUCAAUUGUAGGCUUACCUACCUCAACUUGUAACUCAUAAAUACUGUUACAUUACCUCAAUAUUUAGAUGUUAUCCACACACACAUUUUAUAAUUAUACCUCUUACCAUACCAUUUACUUCACUUUAAAUGCCUUAUUACCUACAUAUAGGCCUCUCUCUCUUGCGUUGACUUGUAACUUCUAAAACACAAGUCACUUAUACUGGACCUUAGUUUUCAGCCCUCACUUUCAGUUAGUCAACAAAUAACAUACGUAAUGUUAUUUAUACCUCAACUCCCACUUUAAAUCAUGUUACAUAUACCUCACCUGUCGGACCAAAGAUCUCAAUCACGGUGGCUCCAUUUCAUUUGAAAUCUCAAGUUACAAAUGGCCAUCUCUCCACAUUGUGUCCAUGUGUGGAUUAUUUAGCAGUAUGGUGAAUUAUGCCUUUUAAUUGUAUGGAGAAAUCAAAUGGUACAGAUCUGAGCAUUGUGCCAAAAUAUAUCUUUGAGAGUUUGGUGCCAAAUGGAGUUGGCAUCAGGACGACACUGUCAUAGACUGAGAACGUCAUUGCACUGUUAUAUCAUAGAUAUGAGUGUUCAGCGACUCAGUCAGUUGAGCGAUCCCUGUGCUUUGUUGGACGCACUUAGGAGGGCUGGCUCCCUUUUGCUUUACCUCAUUAUGCAGAUCAGCAGAGCUGUAACCUAUCUGGCGAACUGUGAGAGAUUUGGAUGUCACGGUUGUCCGAUUGGCCCAGAGUCUUAGUGAUGUCAGAGGCACAGGAUGAUCAUGUAAGAUUCCACUUAUUGUUUGCGCAAGUUGGGGGGCAUUGAGCGAGUGUUCUCUCGAGAGUCUCCAUCUUACCCUGUUUAGAUGUACAAUAAAUACCUCAAUUUCAGCACAGUACACAAUUUAUUUUCCUCAGUAAGUACAGUUAAGUGUGGACUUGAGUUGACCCAUUGUUGGUUGAGGAGGACAGUAACUUGGGAUGUGUCUGAAACUCAGUGUUUGACAAAUGAAAUAUUGUGGUGUGUCUGAACACAUGAAGUGAAGAUGUUUGUGUUCACAAGCCUCGUUAUUAUGAAUGAAUGAAUGAGUCAGAGACUUUAACACAUUAAAGUGAGUCAACAGACCCUGUCGCCUUGAACCCACGACCACUCCACCAAUACCAUCUGUCCUUGGGUUUCAGUAUUACUAUAUGAAAUGUUUAGUCAAGUCUGUAUUGAUCUUUUUUUAACGAAAGAAAAUUCUAUCUUUAAGAUCCUUAGGUCUUCACUCUUAAAGAGGAAAAACAUGUAUUUUAAACGUUUUUGCUUUAUUCUGUCGUCCCCCCCCCCCGUUUGUUGCAUGCUUUAAAGAUUCUUUAUAGUGAACCAACGUCUCCCAGGUAUAGGUGUUGUAAACUCAGAUUGGUAACUGAAUCUGGGUAUGGAUGAUUUUAUUAUGAAUAUAUAUCCAAAGAUGUGUGUUAGGAGUGUGUUGGACGGAUUUAAACUUUUGACCUUUGCGAUUGUAUUUCCUGUUCCCAAGAGGCUUUGCAGAGGCCAAUCCAUGCUCGGCCGACCAUGUCUGGAAUCCUAAGGUGGGGAGGACUGCUCAACUCACCAUGCCUUAAAACAGAGAUGUAACAGAGAGCUGUAGUUCAGAGAGAACUUUGAGCUGAACCGUUUAAUUUCCCCACACAUUUUCUGCUGUCCUGUGUUGUAACACUCUCCCUCCCGGCACAUUUUAUUUUGGGCCUCGUAGUGAAAGCCUCAUACAGGAUUUGAUUGGAGGCUAGGUUUCCUGACAGGAUUGGCUGCCUUGAAAGCCUUGAUUGCACCCACAAUGGCUGCCAGGUCAUCAAUUGACAGAUUGCUAUAACAUCUGAUGUAGUUAGAUGACACUUAAAAUGCCUAUUCAGUCAUUGUGAAAUCUGUCCGGUAUUAGCAACGUCCAAGCAAAGGAACACCCUUACCAGCUGCAGGUGACUGCCAAAUUACUGAUCUACAAAUCACCUUACAUCAUACAUACCAACUGUGGUCUUUGUAGAUAAGUCGGUCACAAUAUACAAAUGAAACUUUGUGGGUUUGAUCCUCUUAAAAUCGGCCAAUAAUAUCCAGAUAGUGUGGUGAUGGCUGCUGGGCAUGUGAUUGGUCGCCUGUACUCCCAAUUGGCGGGGAUUUAUUGGCCCCUGUGGUUCUCGUCACAAUUUUGUUUCUGCCCUCUCUUGACUUUAGAAGAAAAUACAAAUAAAAGUUAAACCGCACCAGGUGGAAAGUGUGCAAGGUCUUAGACCUCUGUCAAUGAUUGUAUCAUCUUUAAAGAAAAUAAAAAUACAGAAUUUUAGAAAGAAAAGAAAAAAGAAACUCAGGUAGUUCACUGUGCCCCGACCCAGGUUGGUGUUACAGUGAAACAAGUCUAUCCUAGUGAUAAUGUAGUGAACCUUUCUUUUAUGACCUCAGUACUAGUCUCAUUGGUCACGUUCAAAGACAUUCUUUUUCUGCAGUCAUGUUUCACAAUUAAUUUGUUUCCACAUGGUCCCUGGGCCUUUAAAACACCCACACGCUUUGAUGUGUAGCAUGACUGAGGUAAAGACUGGCUGGAAUGUUACUAAUCUUUUUUUCUGUGUCUGUUUUGCAUAUUACACAUUAGUUCUGUCUGGGAAAAAAAAUUUGAAGACAAUAUUUUGCUUUUUUAAAUAACUACCCUCAAAUGUAUUGUUUUACUUUCAUGUUUUAUUUUUAGGUUCAUUUUUAAAUUGUUUGUUCGAUCAACACAAAUGGACACACACCAGACCACACGACUCUCAGUGGCCCUUUUGGAAUGUAUUUUUUUUAAGGAAAGGGUUAACUAGGAGAUCUCGUUCAUUCUCACUUUCAUCCUGCCUGUUGUUAGCAGGAACACAGGACAGGACUGACACUUUACUACUCACCAAACAGAGUUAAACAAUGCCUUGUUGUCAGUCGACAGUUCCAUGUCAACGAUCUUCCAGUGAGAAUGCAAUGUAUAAUAUUACUGUCAGGGGGCCUCAGGUGACAAAAUGGAGACCUCUAACACCUAGUGAAUAAACAAUGAGAAUCUCUGUAUGCCUAUUCCUACGGCUGUCUUUGUUCAUGGCAAUGUAGUGCUCCGAUUAUUUAAUGUCAAAGCUUUAACAUGGAGUUGUCCUUACAACGAGCCUAGAGAGAAUGCAGUUAAUAUCCAGAGAAGCUGGAUAACUGCGUCUUAAAACAAAUUAACCCAGAGUCCUGUUCUGUAGGGGUCCUGUUCUGUUCGGUGUCCUGUAUGCGACAGGUUUGUGUGUGGGUGUGUAUAUAUGUGAGUGUGUGUGUGUUUUGGUGCGCGGCAUUGUGUUUAGUUUUUUUUUUUUAAACAGAAAUCCACUGAAUGUAUUUUCUCAGUCCACAAGGAAGGAGCGAGGCAGGAACCAGCUGAGUUUAGAUGGGUGCUGCUUGUGCCUCCACAAUUCGGUGUGUGUGUGUGUGUGUGUGUGUGUGUGUAUUGUGUCAUUUGCAUUCACAUACACGCUGACAUUCUCAGUGAGUCGUGUGUAUGUGUGUGUGUGUGUGUGUGUGUGUGUGUGUGUUUGUACGUGUGCAUGCGUGCGUGCAUUCGUGUAUGCGUUUAUGCAAGUCUCCCCCUUCCCUUAAAAACACUGGUAGGUGUGGAAGUGCAGAUGUCAGGUCUUCAGUCUAAAGACGGCAAAGUAGACUAUAAUAUAUAGGUUACCUGCUCCCCUCCUGUCUUCUGUGGACUUUAAACAUUUCCUAUGCAUUUUUUUUUUGUUUACACUUAAAUAAACUUGUAUUUCUUUGA